AUAUAAUUAAAGUCACUAAAUCUUGCAAGAAGCUCAAACCAAUAAAAAAAAGUUAAGACGACUUUUCGUAUCCUACGACUGUCUUACUUGACGGAUACAUUUAUCGUCGUUAUUAGAUACAACGAAAAGGACUACUCUUGCAGCUAAGUUUGAUCUAGGCGGUGUCUGAGCUUGAUCUCUGAACGAAAAAGGAGGCGGGAAAGACGCGUGAGUUAAUUCGAGUGGUGGAGAUAAGACGCGGAACGUAAGAACGACGGAGGAGUGUGCAUAGAACGGAGGUCGUCAGUCUCUGAAAAGCCAACAGCAAUCGCAGUUCCCUGGGCUCCUUAAUUUAUUACAAAGCUGAGUAAUCAGCCGAUUUCAGUAAGACUAACGGGAUAAUUUUCAAGAGGAGGUUAAAAUAGAAGAAAAAAAUGGAAAGUGUCGAGUGAUUGGGUAAUGGAAAAAUUGCCUGUAAACGAAUCGAUCUUAAGAGCCACACAGGCUGAAAUAUACGAUAGAUCUUUCCCAAGGGCUGUAACGAUCAUCGCAGCAGCAUGUGCAAUAGUGUUCAGCAUUGUUGGCGUACUGGGGAAUCUGGCGACAGUCGUUGCUCUCCUCAGAUACGCCAGGUUAAGAAGACACGCGACCACUGCUUUCGUUAUAAGUCUUUGCUUCUCGGAUUUGAUUUUCUGUGCGAUAAAUUUACCACUGACAGCCAGCCGGUACUUGAACGAGGCUUGGAUACUCGGUGAGACGCUUUGUCGGAUCUUUCCAUUAUUCUUCUAUGGAAACGUUGCUGUUUCUUUACUCAGCAUGGUCGCCAUAACUAUAAACAGAUACGUGUUAAUAUCAAAAUCUGCAGAAUGUUACGCAAGACUGUAUACAAUACGUGGUAUAAUAUUAAUGCUGAUUGCCAUUUGGACCUUUAGCUUCUCUUUGUUAAUUCCACCGUUACUGGGAGUCUGGGGAACUCUUGGACUGGACCGAACGACAUUCUCUUGUACGAUUCUUAAAAAGGACGGAAAAAGUCCUAAGAAAUUUCUUUUCGUAUUGGCAUUCAUUGUACCUUGUAUGGUGAUAAUUGUCUCGUACCUCUGUAUUUAUUGGCGAGUACGCAAGAGUCGCAAGAAUCUGGAAGCUCACGGGAAUGGAAAUCGUCGACGAGAUGGAUUUCAUCGCCGUGAAGACUCCAGGGUGACCAGACUGAUGCUUACAAUAUUUUUAUGUUUUCUCCUGUGCUUCAUGCCGCUUAUGCUUGUUAAUGUUGUCGAUGAUAAAAUGCAAAUUCCCAUAUUACACAUCAUUAGUUCUAUACUUGCUUGGGCGUCCUCUGUUAUAAAUCCGUUCAUUUAUGCUGGUACUAAUAAGUUUUAUCGUGAAGCAUACAAACAACUUCUUUGUCCAGCUAGUAGCAAAAUACCAAAUGUUCUACCAAAACCCACUCACUCUCAUUCCAGUAAAAUGUCCUCGCCGCCACCAACGUGACAGGUAAUGAGCACACGGAAUUAGAAGUUAAUUUUUAAAAUUGUAAGAAAGACCGAUUUUAUAUUAAAACUGACGUAUUUCAUUUUUAUAAGAUUGACAAUGUAGUACAACAUAAAUAUGUCUUUUGAUAGCUCUUUGAUUCGUCUGUGCAUGUUAUGUAUAGACAAUUGAAGAAACAAUAUCAAUGGACGAAAUUGUGUUAGUUAAAUAUUUAAUAGAUCAUUA